ACUCGACAGGCCACUGUGUCCGCUUGCGUGCUCUGCUCCUGCCCUAGCACUACCGCUCUUUCAGUCAGUCUUUGCAUCAUUUGAGGUCACUGGUGCAAAGGCCAGGACAGAUUCAGCCCAUGGUGUAGCAGUUUGCCACGACUCCAUUGCCUUGGUGUAGAUGCUGUUCAAGCCAACAGCAACCUGCCAGAUCCACUCUGGGUCACUGGUAAAGCUAGAUAACGGACGCAGUCCAAAGGACUAAAGGCUAAGCGAGCAAGGCUGUCAAAGACACUGUGCGGGGUCGGACAUUUUGGGCGUACGACAUGCCGGAAGGAACUGCAGACGAGAAUGAGCUGGAGGUCCACUUGCAACACAGCACUCCAGGAGUUCGUGGUGAUGCUGAAGAUGUGACGACGGUAGUGGAGCGAAGUCGAGUCCAUGCGCACUUCGAGGGUCGGAAUGGUACCGACUUUGGAAAGAUAUCAUCCUACAUUACCAGUACUCCUAAGAAGGACAUGCAGUUGACAAUCCGCCAGGCUCAGGUGCCGUGUGUUGCCCGUCUGAAAGGCAGUCUUGAGAUGGCGAGCACCAGCGCUCUCGACCUUGAGACGUACUUCAGUUCUCACGCAGUCGGCACUGUGAACAUCCACGAACGUGCGUCCGGUGCUUUGGACGUGGAGUUUUCAACAUGGCAGUAUGCGUAUGAUGUUGUAUCUCGCCAACAUUGUAUUGGUGGCCAUUCUCUGGAGUUUUCCCUGGUCAUAGCCGGAGUGGAUUAUCCUGCCGAAGGGGACGAUGCUGAUAGUUUUGCGUACUUGCCUUCAGCUCAUAGCAGUCAGCAACUUGUGAUAGCCAUGGACAAAGAAUAUCUGGUGCUUCUGGAAAAGUGUGAAUCAGUACGUGGAUUGCUUAAGUCUGUACUAGAGGAUGCGUAUGCCAUCUUUGAUUGCGUUGACCCAGCAUCACUACAGCUGCGGAUCCUGGCUACACCAGGUGGGAAGGAUAUCCUCGGCUGGAGGGGGCUCGUCACAACUAACAUCCACCGCUUCCUGGAGCAGUUGGACGCUGUAUGCUUGGAUUUGCCAGUACAGGUGUAUCAGGACGUUGUGAGUAGUAACCUCCUCAAUGGUACUCUGGCAGAAUUCUCAACUGACACAAUCUAUUUUUAUGAUGAGGAGCAGCUUUUGCUGACUAUUGUCGGAGUGAAACAUUCUGCCGGCAAGGCAUACCUUGCAAUUCGUCAAAUGAUCAGCACGUUCACAGGGAUGCCACAAGAUCAAGCUGAGAUAUCUCUGAAGAUCUCACCCCAGGUGUACUGCUUCUUUCAGAAUGUGUGCAUUGCGCAGAUAUUAAUGGAGGACUUCCCCUCCGUUACAGUGCGACUACUAAACACAGAAGAGUUGAAGGAAUCCGUCCUCCUGGCUGGUACUCCCAGUGAAAUAGCACUGGCAUCCAAUGCUGUGUCCAUGCUUUCAGGGAAGAUACUGCGAACUCCCUUAGCCUUAGAUCACUUGGGCAUAUCCACACUCCUCGUAUCCACACUGGGGCAAGGUGUCCUUGAUGAAGUUGUACAACGAGAGGGAUUUGAGUUGGACCAUUGUCUCUACGUUGAUCCCUGUGAGGAAAACCAACCCACUGCACAAGUUAGCUUGUUAGGGUGGAAUGAUGCUACAGAUGAGCUUGUCCAGCUCAAGUCCCAGCUGGAGUGUUUGUACAGUGCCAUGUGUCUCUCGUUGGAGCCGUGUCAAAUGGAAGCAACCUACUCAGAGGAAUGGAAGCAGGUUAUUGCUGGCAUGUCCGACAACUCACUCGUUCGCAUUGAGACUGGCCCAGCAACGGACUGUCAAAUCACUUUGUAUGGCCUAACAGAACAUUUUGCAGAUGUCCAGAGGCAGAUUGCAGCCUUUAUGGCAAAGCAUGCCAUCCAUUCAGUAACCAUGCCAGUUUCUCCGGUUGAUGCACGAUUCAUCUCCAAAUUCUUGCAGGCCAGAGUUCAACUGAUCAAGGUGCAGUAUCAUCUCUCGCACGUGAACAUAACUGAUACGUGUAUUGAACUCAGUGGCGCCUCCUUCAAACUUGAUAUUGUGCGAGGUGUGUUCCGUGACCUGCUUAGUUCCAUCCAGUCGCAGGAAGUUCCACUCACCCACCCGGGCCUGCAGCAAUUCUUCGGCAACGAUCACAUCAUUAACCAGCUAGCACUGAUAGAAGAUAAGCACAGCGUACUGGUCUACCUUUUGGACAAGGUACCACGCGCAGUGGUCCUCAAUACAGUUGAUGCUGCGGCCAAUUCUGCUGCUGCUGCUGCUGCUACUGAUGAUGACGAUGAUGCCGAUAAAAGAUGUGUCAAUCCUUAUGAAGCUCUGUCAUGUACUCCGACUCAGCCCUACGAGGAGCUCUCUAUCCAGUGGCGUGAGGAUGAACCGGUGUCUGUGUCUGCUGAAGUACUGCAGGCCUGGAAUGACCAAAAUGAACUUGACUCACUCGCCUGCCCUCAAUCUCCAGUAGCCGAAUCCUCCAUCACUGGCGACCUCAUAACCACCAAUCAUGUGGUGUGCACUGUACCUGGAAACUCAAGUUUACGAAUAUGGCUAAGGCAAGGUGAUAUCAUGGAAGAUCACGCGAAUGCCGUUGUUGUGCCUACUGACGAGUGCCUUACCUUGGCGCUCGCUGAGAAUGCCUCGGAUAGAUUGACCCAGCUGUCGAGCAUAAUCCUGGCGGAGUGUAGCAAGCUCUCCAUCACUGGCCCUCUCCCAGCCAGCACAGUACUGAGAAUUGGUGGGAAUGACUUGGCAGACUACCUCCUGCUUGCGGUGUGCAGUCGGCACCCGCAGACUGAUCCGCAGACUUUGCAAGCUACCAUACUGAACUCCCUUCAGGAAGCUGACAAACUAGGCGCCCGUACGAUUACCUUACCCACCCUGGUUGCCAGCGCUGUCCACACGUCAACGGAUGUCUAUGCACGUGCAUUGACCCGUGCACUGAUGGUCUUCGCCCCGAUGGCGCGCUUUGUCAGAAGAGUGCAGCUGAUUGCCGCUGAUAAGUUUGAAUUCAGGGACAUCGCCAGCGAGCUACCCACAUCGCUCAACGCUAUCUGUGGACAUGGUACUGCAGCCAUUGAAGCCCUUGAUUCGGCUCGCCACGAGGACUUAAUGAGAGUAUUGGUUUACGGCGAACGAAACACAUCACGCACAGCUGCUGUGGCUAAGAUUGAGUCUUUGGUGAAUGAGAACUGCUCAUGCCAGUAUGUGAGCUUUUCAGUGGACUGCUCUGGAAUAAGUCAUGAGAGAGUACAAAUUGUCGAAUGUGUGGGAAGGGAACAUAAUGUGUAUGUACGCUAUCGUCACAAUGAGUUCACCAUCUGUGGGGAGCAUCGCCAGGCUGCACAUGUCUACCAUUGCCUGACUGAAGAAUUCAGGUCUGAAAUUGCCCGUACGUGGUGGUGGCAGCUGCAUGCAGGGGAAUCCCCUAUGCCCGUACGAUGGUCCUACAAGAAGCCGGAUACGAACAGUUAUGAGUACAUGUUCGAAGCAAGUGUCAAUGUGGAGAUUGAAGAGGCGUAUCAACACCAUUUGGCAAGAUUUAACGAAUUUCACCAGUCGGGAAGUUUCCCUCGGCUGGAAGUUGACUUCAAGACAACGGAUAGAUGUCAACAAUUUCACCAAGUGGGACGUUUCCAUGAGCUACAGGUUGACUUUCAUAAGAUGACGUUACGGAUGCCUUAUCGUAGUGAGAACGCAGACUACCUGCUCUCCAGAAUGGACUUCUCAACUAAAGCUCCCUCCCACUGGGAUGUCACAGUGUCACAAGGCCUGCUGUUGAAUCUGAAUAAAUGGAGCAAUGAGUAUGUGGACGCGGCAGGCAUUUUCCUCACGAGUGCCUACCACAACCAUUCAUUGCAAAGGCAAGCACUGACAAAGCUCCCUGCUGGCACACCAUUGCAGCAAGUCUUCCCAGGCGGACUUGGUAGGAAUGGCCGCCAACUCGCCGUUUCUUGCAUCCAACGUGUUCAAAACGAAGCACUCUAUCGGCAGUAUCAAGCAAAGAAGGAGUCGAUGGAACGCAAUCCGUCGAGCAAUCGCAAAAGCAAUGAGCAGCACCUGUUUCAUGGCACUACUAGUGAAAGUGUGCAAAGCAUCUGUGCACAAGGCUUCAACCGUAGCUUCGCUGGAAAACAUGGGACUGCGUACGGCAAAGGUGUGUACUUCACUAGGUAUCCCUCAUAUGCAGCUGGGUAUUCGUUUGAUGGACAGCACAAGAUGAUUCUAGCUCGCGUCUUGGUGGGUGAUUAUCACAACGGUUCCGGUGGCUUGAUUGCACCAAAUGUGCGCAACGGCAACACACUAGAGCUGAUGGAUUCGACAGUUGACAACGAGGUUAACCCAUCAAUCUUUGUCACAUACCAUGAUGCACAGAUGUAUCCCGAGUUUGUCAUAACAUUUCAGUGAUGCUCUACCACCAGUGCGUCACAUGGCGUCUGCUGUCUGCCAACUUGGUGUAGAAGCGCAGAAUUGUUCCACAGUGGCGAAUAAUCUUGCCAGCUCCAGCAGCAGCGCGCGCCUGGGCAGUCCGAACCAAUACCCAGUGUCGAGCCUCUGUUCUCAAACUGCCUUUGAUUAACGCCAACUCCCAUUGUGCACAACCGGUAUCUGUUCACCACAAUCCCCGGUCUCCUCUCCUGGUGUGGACCACCGGCACCGAGACUAACCCGUCAAGCUGGACAUUCCGUGCCUGUACCCCACACGGCAAGUGUAACACUAAGCCAAGUAUGUGGCUGUUGGCCAGCAUGCAAUGCACACACACACACACACACACACACACACACACACACACACACACACACACACACACACACACACACGCGCACACACGCACACUGACACGGUGUAUCUAACUAAACUGCAAUGCACAUGCUUCUCUAUAGUGCUGCCUCCACUGCUGUACAUAAUAUGAAUCAUGAUAAUCAUUUUCUUCCAGGGUAAUAUCAUCUUUCAAAAUUUGUGAACUGGAUUUUUCUCAAAAGGACUCCUUUCUGAUCUUAUCUACACUCAACUUCGCGAGUAACGGCAUCCAGCCAGAAUAAUGUCGUUUCUCCCGAAUUCCCUUUGCAACAUAAUAAUAUUUGAUGACCCUGUAAUUAUCGUGUAACGACGUGUAUAGUAUGACAUGUACACAUAAUGGAGCUCUUUUCGUGCUCGUCACUGUGUCCUUUAUUUUUCAUAUUCAUGCAAUUCAAAGGAACAAUAAAGGCAAUAUCCGGGCCAAGGGAAAUAAAUUGAAAAUAAGCCCUUUGGUAGAUGACAUUGUAGCAACAUGUGCA